AUGGCGACUGAUGGCCCCAGUGCGCCGGGUGACGGCAUCACUGGGGGAUAUACAGGAAACAAUCUUGGGGUCCAGAUUGCCAUGGCCACCUUCACCGGAAUUGCCUGGUACAACGCGAUCGAACUCAUCGUCCUUCUCUUUGUGACUUUUAGUCAGUAUAAGGGCCUUUACUUCUGGAGUCUUCUUUGUUCAGCUGUCGUCGGCGUUGUACCAUAUUCACUCGGCUUCCUUCUCAAAUUUUUCAAUCUCACGAGUGCGCGGUGGCUAUCUGUCACAUUCCUCACUGUCGGCUGGUAUUUUAUGGUCACUGGGCAAUCGAUCGUUCUAUACUCGCGGCUACAUCUGGUCCUGAGGAAUCCUCGAGUCCUACAGCGCGUCUUGUUCAUGAUCAUUGCCGACGCGAUUGUUUUGCAUGUACCGACCACCGUUGUGACUUUCGGCUCCAAUUUUGAUUAUGACACAACCGCAUACGUUCGGGGAUACAAUGUCAUGGAGAAGAUCCAGAUGACGGGGUUCUGCCUGCAGGAGUUCAUCAUCUCCGGCCUAUACAUCAUCGAGACUGUCAAGCUGCUGAAACUGAAUCCGGAUAAGCGCAAUCGAAAAAUUAUGUACCAGCUUUUGGGCAUCAAUCUGCUUAUCAUUGCGAUGGACCUGGGUCUUCUUUUGGCUGAAUAUCUGAACUUUUACGUCAUUGAAACGACUCUCAAAGGCGCUGUCUACAGUGUCAAAUUGAAGCUGGAGUUCGCCGUCUUGGGCAAGCUGGUUCAUCUGGUCCAUUCCCACGGCUGGAAGCCACAACCUGCCAGCUCCCCGAAUGACUUCCCGGAUUUUGUGGAUGCCACGCGAGUCACAUCCGACGUGACCCAUGCUGCACCGACUAUUAGAUACCCUUCACAUCCGUGGAUGGAUCCCGACGAUAUCGAUAUCGCCGUAUUCGAACAUUCGGAAAAUCCCCGGGAUCAAGAGAUAGGUCAUUCUGAGUUAUCUGGAUCGUGGAGCGGCGAGACUCAAACGAACGAGCUGUCUCCCGGUAUAGCAUUGGCACCCACGGACUUUACAAACGCUCUACGACCGUCAAGCAAUGACAAAUAUAAAGACCGUCCGGGUUGA